AUGGCGUCUUCAUUCCUGCUGGCUUUUGAACUACCAGCAUCUCACCCCCAGCCUUAUCCAAAGAAUUGGAGCGAUACGGAUCAGCAGAUAUUUGAGACCUUGCUACUGCCGUCUUCUUCUUCAUCGUCGUUCUCAGACUUGUCCGACUCUGUCACUUCGAUCGAACUAAAGUCUACUAAGAAGAAGACACGGAGCAGCCGCAAACGAGUGACUAUAGAGGAGAAACGCAUCAAACAUCGCGAAGUUCAGCGUCGCUUUAUGCAACGCAAGAAGGCGAUGCUGGAAAGUGCCAAGAAGUCCAUUGUGACACUUGAAAAGCAAGUGGCAGUGCUUCAACUUUCGAACGAACGCGAAGCUCUCGCAAAAGAGAAAAGAAAGCUACAACUACAAGCAGAUGCAAAUGCUGCGUUGCCAGCAGCCACACCGACACUUGAUGUGCUUGAGAUGAUAUUUAAUCAAGAAGGAACAGCCGUGGAGCAGCUAUUUCAAGCUUUUACUGUGCACCAGUGGCAGGAGCUUUUGUAUCAAACGCUACAGAGUGUGGAUGAGAUUUUCACGCAAGAGGCGAUGAAAGCUUCGGGGAUGCAUGUAAUGGGUUGGUCCGAUAGACGCCAUGUUGAAAAUACCAGCGUCAAAUUUACGUUACACAAGACUUUCCCACACGUGUGUGCUGAGAGUAUUUGGAAUAUUACAUGGCAACGAUUAACUACUGAUAGCUAUGGAAGUUUCUUUAGUCCAUCACUGUUUAUACGGAAACGUUUGCUACAAAAAGUGUGUGACGAUGCCAUCAUCAUUUACCGAGUGAUAUGUUACCCUCAGACUGGAAGAGUUUCACGUGCAAUCGAAGUGAUGAGUCGCGUUAGAAGACAAUCCGACUUUGUCUAUUUUAUUCGUACGCUUGACUUACCAGAUGUCAAGGAACGAGUAUGUGCCACGGAUAUUUGGACCCAAUCAUUGACGGUGCUGCGUUUCAUGCCGAGUGACUUGACUCGUCCUCAAGUUGGAUGUACAGUUCAAUAUGGUGGCAACUACGUCAACAUACCGAAAGGUGGCGUCAGAUACUGGCUAAUGGAGGUUUUGUUUCUUGUGCUUCGAUUUGAAGCGUCAUUAAUCUCGCCCAUGUUUUCAUUAAGCAAUUGA